AUGACCGGUUAUACGCCGUACAAUAAGGCUUAUGUUAACGGCACUACUGGAAAACUCAUCCAGUUUCCGGCAAUCGCCCCUAUCGCUUAUGUGAUAGGAGAUGGGGAUAGAGUAGAUGAUCUUCACAAAGACUAUCCCGUGUUAUGGAAAGGCAACUCAAUAAUGACUUCCAGGUCUUCUGCGGAGCUUUAUGACACAGAGACGUCUCACAAUAUGUUCAGCUCUAUGGAUUUGAUGGAAAGGGUGGUCACGAAACCAAGCACGGCCAGAAAACCUAUCUCCGUAACAAAACACUGGACUGGCCACCCCUCAACGUACGUCAAGGCGUUGUAUCUCCCCACCCCAUUUUACUGGAACUGGACGGCCAACUUUACCGGCAUGGCCUCUUCAACCCCUCUUAACCCUUAUCGACACAGUUCAGAAUUGACAUUUCUGGUUGAGGAUGAGGUAUACAAUGUGAAAGAUGUCCAAGAUGAAGGAAUAUGUCAACCAAUAAGGAGUGGAGAAUCUGUCGAAUAUCAAUGGGGCUUUUCAUUUCUUCAGUUAUUCGUCAUGACUGUUCUUCUUCAUUCGUGGAGUAUUGGCCUUGUUGUGUUAUGGACGACGGCACGCUUGACGCUAAAACGAAAUAAUAUAGCAGCAUCGCCUGAAGGCUGGAAGAGUCUUCUCAAAAUGACGGACGGAAUCAAAGAACAAUUGAUGUCUGCUGGCAUGAUUUGGGAAAACCUCACUGACAAAGAGCUGCAAGGCGAGAUUCGGCUACUUCUCACAGGGGGGCCAGUUCCUAUAUCGUCGGAGGAAUCUCAUCCAGAAAAAACCCUACCUCAAGGACAUUUCAGUCUAUGGCGAUGGAUGUGGAAGCACAAAUUGCGUCUUCUAGAAGGUAUCUUCUUUAUUGUUUUCACUUGCCUGGAAAACUCUUCGUUCUGA